AUGGCCACAGCUGCCUCGAAUCCCUACAGCAUUCUCACUUCCACCUCCCUAGUCCAUGCGGACUCUGCGGGCAUGCAGCAGGGGAGUCCUUUCCGCAACCCUCAGAAACUUCUCCAAAGUGAUUACUUGCAGGGAGUUCCCAGCAAUGGGCAUCCCCUCGGGCAUCACUGGGUGACCAGUCUGAGCGAUGGGGGCCCAUGGUCCUCCACACUGGCCACCAGCCCCCUGGACCAGCAGGACGUGAAGCCCGGGCGAGAAGACCUGCAACUGGGUGCGAUCAUCCAUCACCGCUCGCCACACGUAGCCCACCACUCACCGCACACUAACCACCCCAACGCCUGGGGGGCGAGCCCGGCACCGACCCCGUCUAUCACGUCAAGCGGCCAACCCCUCAACGUGUACUCGCAGCCUGGCUUCACCGUGAGCGGCAUGCUGGAACACGGGGGACUCACCCCACCUCCAGCUGCCGCCUCUGCACAGAGCCUGCACCCGGUGCUCCGAGAGCCCCCGGAUCACGGCGAACUGGGCUCGCACCAUUGCCAGGAUCACUCCGACGAGGAGACGCCAACCUCUGAUGAGUUGGAACAGUUCGCCAAACAAUUCAAACAAAGAAGAAUCAAGUUGGGCUUCACGCAGGCCGACGUGGGGUUGGCGCUGGGCACACUGUAUGGUAACGUGUUCUCGCAGACCACCAUCUGCAGGUUCGAGGCCUUGCAGCUGAGCUUCAAAAACAUGUGCAAGCUGAAGCCCCUGCUGAACAAGUGGCUGGAGGAGGCGGAUUCGUCCACAGGGAGCCCGACCAGCAUUGACAAGAUCGCUGCACAGGGCCGCAAGCGCAAGAAGCGGACCUCCAUCGAGGUGAGUGUCAAGGGCGUACUGGAGACGCAUUUCCUCAAGUGUCCCAAGCCUGCCGCGCAGGAGAUCUCCUCGCUGGCAGACAGCCUCCAGUUGGAGAAAGAAGUGGUGCGUGUCUGGUUCUGUAAUCGAAGACAAAAAGAGAAAAGAAUGACUCCGCCAGGGGAUCAGCAGCCGCAUGAGGUUUAUUCGCACACCGUGAAAACAGACACAUCUUGCCAUGAUCUCUGACUGGAGGAAGCGAGGAGGCGGCCGGCCGCACUGGGAGCAGCGCGGAUUUCUCUUUCUCUCUCACUCUCUUCUUUUCAUUCUAGCUUUCUUUAUUAUUUCUCUCUCUCUCGUUCGCUCGCUCUCUUGUACUCUCUCUCUCUUUUCCCUCCUUUCCUUUUUCUUUCCUUUCCCCUUUCUUCUUUCCUUCCUCUUUCUUUUUUUCCCCUUCUUUUUCCCUUUCCUUU